GCCUACAAUGAAAAAGUUUGAGAACCACUGCUUUAGGUCCAAAGUAAUGAAACUACAGAAAUUAAUUUCUUAAUAAGACACACGGUCCAGAAUGCAUUUUUGCAUGACCAAAUGAUUAAUAACUGUCAUAUCUCCAAAAUACAGGUCACAAAUACAAAAAAAUCACAAUAACAACUACACGUCAUAAUUAUUUGUAGUACUGCAGUAACAUUCCGAAAGUCAUUUUAAUUUCUUGUUAUUUUCCAAUAUAAAAACGCGUCGUGUCACGUUAACCUCAAACCUUCGGUUGUGUUUCAAAAUCUAAGGGUACAUGCACUAACACCCCCUCGAUCCGAACGCAUUCUGUGUGAGCAACCGACUUAAUUUUGAAAUGCGGCUUUUAUUAUGUCAGCGUGUAUUAUCACGUCAGCUCAGCUUCACAGGGUGUGUCCGAAAUCGCCCACUAUACCCUCAUUCACUAUUCCCUACAUUAGUUAACUAAUUAAGUCCACUUUAAGUAGUGGGUGAAAACGAGUGAGUAAAUUCGGACACUCGGUGCACUGGAAACGCUGCGGGCGCCAUCUUGUGCCGAGACGCGGGAAUUCAUUCAGCGCGAGCAUCACGAUAGAUGGCUAGCAGCUAGCUACACUCGUUAUUAUGAUGCAUCAUGGGAUUGAAUGAGUGCACUCAAUAAUGUCCACUAUGAAUUCGGACACCACUAAAAAUGGAUGUCCCCUCAAAUAGUGCACUAUAUUAGGGUAUAGGGGGCUGUUUCGGACACAGCCAGAGACUCGUCUCUCUGCUAGUUUUGCUGCAGAAGUGAGAAGAGCGCGCGUCAGAGCUCAGACGUUAUGUUCGUGUGAUUUGUCGUAAUGCUGAGAUACUUUACAAGUGUUUUGUUCUCCGCGUGUGGUUUAAAUGUGACUUAGAAACCGCAGGAUUUUGCGCGCAGCGUGCAUCGCACUGGACAUCCCGAUCGUCGUUUUAAAAAUACACGUAUUGAUUGAUUACUUUUUUUUUUUUACUAAAAACUUAUAAGCGUGAGGAACUUUUCCCUAAAAUAUAUUUUGUAAUAUCUUUUUCCGUGUAAUACACUUGAGCUACUUUUGCCACUCGAGAGGAAAACGAAUUUGUUGUGGUUUCAUAACAACAUAUGGCGCUGUGUGAGUCUUUCGUGGCUGACAGCUAGUUAUUUCAUCCCAAACGUUAUUCUUUCAUUCUGUAGCGUCACAAUGAGCAAAGCCUUUACUGAACUUAGAUCAGUGGUUAAUGAUUUAAGUGACACUGACUCGAUGGCAGACUUUAAUAGAGUACGACACGAAUCAAUGGACAUGUCAGACAUAGAGGACGAUGGGCCUGAAACGACUCCUGUGGAACCACCAAAUGAUACAGCGGAGGACUCUUGUGAGGAUGAGGAGCCGUUACAGUCAAAGGACUGGAAGUUGUUGUGGUGCUCGUCCCCCUUCAUUAGAAAAACAGGUUCAUCCAAAAAGAAACUCAAGUUAAAACCAGGGCCCACAAAAUACGCAAGCUCUCACGCUAAAGACAUAAAGUCCUGCUUUCAGUUGUUCAUGCCGAACAGUAUCGAGAACAUCAUCUUACAUAUGACCAACAAGGAGGGGAGACGUGUGCAUAAGGAGAGCUGGACUAUGCUGGACAGGAUAGACUUGCAAGCGUUCACCGGUCUGAUGAUUUUGACCGGCGUGUACAGAUCAAAGAAUGAGAGCAUCGAAAGUUUAUGGCACGACCGGACAGGUCGGGCAAUUUUUCAGACUGCCAUGCCAGUAAAUCAGUUCCUGAACAUCUCUCGAAUCGUCCGCUUUGAUGACCACGAAACAACAUGCGCCCGAUUCCAAAAAGACACACUCGCUCCGAUUAGAGACGUUUGGGACAAGUGGGUGGAUCUUCUACCGUGCAUGUACAAUCCGGGCCCGGAGGUCACUGUGGGUGAGCGGCUGGUCCCCUUCAGAGGUCACUGUCCUUUUAGGCAUUACACACUGCGCAAACCCGGCAGAUGUGGAAUAAAACUAUGGGUGGCUUGUGAUGCGAAGUCAAGCUACGCGUGGAACGUGCAGCUGGACGCCGGCAAAGCUGCUGACGGAAAAGCGGAAAAGAAUCGAGGCGCGCGAGUUGUGCUUGACGUGACGCAGGGUCUCCGCGGACACAACGUCACAUGUGACCGCUCUUUGACCUCGUAUGCCCUUGGCAAGGAGCUGCUCAAGAGAAAACUUACUAUGGUCGGAGCGGUCAGACAAAGCAAACCUGAGCUCCCGCCUCAACUGGUGGAUACGAAAGGCAGAGGGAUUUUUUCCUCCAAGUUUGCCUUCACGCAGACGCACGCCCUCGUGUCGUAUAUCCCAAGAAAAUACCAGAAUGUGCUUGUGAUGAGCACGCGGCACAGCGGUGCAGGUGUAAGCAGCAAGGUGAGCAAAAAGCCCAGUUUGAUCCUGGAUUACGAUCGGUACAAAAGAGGAGUAGACAACCUUAACCGGUCCAUCAACGCUUACAGUUGUAAGCAGAAGACGAACCGUUGGCCCCUCGUGCUGUUCUUUACCAUGUUAGAUGUCUCUGCAUACAACGCCUCUGUGGUGUGGACAGAAGUGAACCCAGACUGGAACAAAGUGAAAUUCGCCAAGCGGAGGACCUUUCUUGAAGAACUGGGGAAAGCUCUGGUGUCUCCCCAAAUGGAGAGACGUAAGCCGGUGCCACGUCCUUAUACGUGCGCUUCUGACACUACGGUGAAAGAACAGGCAGCCGUUAAGCCCCCCGAUGCCAAUUCUACCCCUUCAAAGUCUAAAAGGAAGAGGUGCAGGGUCUGUGCACGUAAUAAAACCAGCACUGUGUGCCAGAAUUGUAACGCGUACAUUUGCAAAGUGCAUGCCGUCAUUACCACUCGCUGCUACUCGUGCAAAUGACCGAAUGUUUGUUUAGUACGUAAUGUGUAGGAAGAGUUUAAGAUGCAGAAUCUCUCAGUAUGCCUGAUCGUUUACAUGCAGUUUGAUUUUAUAUAAGAGAUAAAAGUCAGGAUGUAUACAGGUGUGGGUCCCUACAUUACCUUCAUAGAAUUUAUGGUAUGUUUUGUAUAAAAACUGUUCAGAUUUGUUUUCAAGUGUUUCAAGCUAUCAAAAUGUUAUGCUUUUUCAGGCACUUAUAUACAACUGUGAAUUAAAGACCAUUUCAAAUAAUGAGAAGUGGGAAACUAUUUGAUUGUUUAUAAUAAAUUUAGCUUAUUCGCAAACACAAACAUUGUAAAUGUGUCAUCUGCAUUGUUUUUGUAAAGAAACGCUAGGACAACAAAGUGUUUCUGUUUAAAGGAUUUGGUUAUUUUUAUUAAAAAUACUGUCUUGUAUUUAAAAACAUUAUGAGGAUCAUACAAUACAAUGUGGUGGUUUGAUUUCCCAAAAGGUUAUACAAUGGGUUGUUUUUAAUGUAUUUUCCAGUGUGCCAAUUCAUCAUAAUAUUAUAUCAUAUUAAAAAAAUAUAUGAAAUAAUAAUGUAUGGGUAGUUGACAAAUAAACUAUAUGUGUCCUAUGGUGUGACACGGCACGGCAAAAAUGUAAAACAAAACCAAUGAACAUAAAUCGU